AUGCUAGACACAUACCAGCUCAACCUCGCCGCCCUCCUCCUAGCCUGCGGCGUACUCGUCGCGACGCGCCCCUCCGCCAAGACCAAGACCAGGCCUCCCGCCGCCAACACCACGACCACAUCAAAGGCAAAGGCAGACAGCAGCAACAAUGCCGCAUCGAGGGCAAGGGCAGAAAGCCCGUCGUCGUCCCAGACCUCCUUCUUCCUCGUCUACGCCCUCGUCAUGGCCUCCGACUGGCUCCAGGGCCCCUUCCUCUACAGCCUCUACCGCGACGAGCACGCCCUGCCGCCGCACCUGGUCCCCGCCCUCUUCACGACGGGCUUCCUCGCCGGCGCCCUCUCGGCGCCCUUCAUCGGCGCCCUCGCCGACGCCCACGGCCGCCCGCGCCGCCUGCCUCGUCUUCUGCCUCGCCUCGGCGUCCUCGAGUCUGCUGACGGCCUACCCGGCGCCCGGGGCCGCCCCACCGCGGGUCGGCUGGCGGCCGGGCGCCGAUGCGCGUCGCGCUGCUGUUCGUCGGCCGGGCGCUCGGCGGGCUGGCGACGAAGGCACGGGCGGCGCGGGGGCGAGAGGGCCCAGAGCGUGGCGGGGGGCGGCGAUCUCUCGGCGACGUUUGGGCUCAUGAGUACCGUCAACAGCGUCGUGGCCAUUGUCAGCGGCCUCGCGAGCGAGUGGCUCGUCGGGCUCGUCGGGACGUCGAGGGCGCCGUUUGGCGCGAGCGCCCUCCUCGUCGGCGUGGCAGCCGUGUGCAUGCUCGUGGCAUGGAACCAGGACGAGAACUACGGCGCCACAGCGACGCCCUCCACGUCCGACGCGAAAAAGCAGGAGACGACGGCGACUGUGUCCCUGUGGAACACCCUCACCACGCCCGGCAUGCUCGCCCUGGCCGUGGCCUCCACAGCCUUCGAGGGCUCCAUGUACCUCUUCGUCGUCCUCUGGGCGCCCGUCCUGGAAUCCGCCGCCGCCUCGUCCGCAUCCUCUCCAGCACCCCUCCCCUACGGCCUCAUCUUCGCCUCCUUCAUGUCGGCGACCCUGCUCUCGUCCCUCGCCUAUCCACGCCUGACCGCCCACCUGGCCCCGCCCACACUGCUCGCCCUGCUGCUGGCGACGGCCUCGCUCCUCCUGCACGCCCUCGCCUCCCGCCCCGCGGGCCCGCAGCCCGCCUUCUGGCUCUUCUGCGCCUUCGAGGCCGUCGUCGGCGCCUACUUCCCCGCCCAGGCGACGCUCAAAAACGCCCUCGUCCCCGACGCCGUCCGCGGCCGCGCCUACGCCGCCCUGCGCGUGCCGCUCAACGUCUUCGUCGUGCUGAGCCUGCAGCUCAUGGGCGAGGGGUCCGCCGACGCCGCGGGCCGUGUCUUUGCCGUCUGCGCGCUGCUCCUGCAGGUCGGUGCCGCGGGCGUGUGGGUCGUCGGCCGGCGGACCGGUGCCUCUUGA